AUGGAAAUGGAACAUGGUGGAUGCCACGAGUUCCUGAGACUAAGAUUCGAGAUGGAUAUCUCGUCCAUCUUAGCCCUCGCCAUCAUUCAAAACUAUCAAAGAGAUAACCCUGACCCAACCUCACCAAACCAUGAAGACCUUCAGGCCACAAUUGACUCUGAAAAGAAUCCUUAUGUGCCUGAACCCAUUCCAAAACCAUCUGAACCCAUACCUGAACCAUCUGAACCUAUUCCCGAACCCUUUGAACCUAACCUCACUCUACCUACCUUUGAUGAGGCACUAGCCAAGUUCUUAGAGAGUUCAAAUUCCAGAUUCAAGAAGCUAUCUGACGAAUCCAACACCAGUGACAAUCCUUCUGAAGGCCUAUCUGAAGAAGUCAUAAAUGACUUCAUCAGAGGUGUUGAAGAGAAGCAGGAGGCUCGUCUGGCGAAGGAAGCAGCUGAGAAGGCAGAACAGGAAGCUGCGGAGAAAGCAACUGAAGAAGCUGCUGCCAGGGAGGCAACUGAGAAAGCUGUUGUAGAAGCUGCAUCCAGAGAGAAAGUUGAAGCUGAAGCAGCAUUGGCCGCUGAAGUUACUCAGAAAGUCACGGAAGAUGUUGAGAAGACCACUGAGGUUGCUCUGGCUCAAGAAGAUUCAUCAAUAACUGAUCUUGCUCCUCUAGUCAUCAAGACUCUAGAAGAGUUGCAUAAGGAAUAG